CUCUGAGUUGAUAAUGGAUCCGUUCACGUUCGGUCAUUUGAAGGGAAAUGACCUCUUAUUUUAACUUUUUAUUAUUUCUUUUGUUAAUAUUUAUUGUGUCCGCAUUUAAAAAGCCGCCAAAUAUUGUGCUUAUUGUUGCUGAUGACUUGGGAUGGGAUGACGUUAGUUUUCAUGGAUCUGACCAGAUUCCAACUCCUAACAUCGAUGCUCUUGCUUUCAAUGGAGUGAUACUUAAUCAGCAUUACACCUUGGCUAUGUGCUCUCCAUCAAGAGCAGCACUUCUCACAGGCAAAUAUCCGAUACACACAGGUAUGCAGCAUUAUGUUAUACAGGAAUCAGAACCAAGAGGGCUGAGCUUAAAUGAAACCUUACUUCCACAAAUGUUGUCAAAAGCCGGCUACGAGAGUCACAUAAUUGGAAAAUGGCAUUUGGGUAUGCAUAAAAAAGAAUAUACUCCAUUAAACAGAGGAUUUAAAUCACAUUAUGGAUUUUGGCAAGGCUACCAUGAUUACUAUUCACAUUUUAUUAAUGAAAUAAAUCCUCCGUACGAUGGAUAUGACAUGAGAAGAAAUAUGGACGUCGAUUGGGAUUCAUAUGGGAAAUACUCGACUGAUAUUUUUACAGAAGAAGCUGUCAAAACAAUUAACGAACACAACAAGAGCAAUCCUUUGUUUCUUUACAUAGCCCACCUUGCACCACAUGCUGGAAAUAAAUUGACACCAUGCCAAGCACCGCUGGAUCUAAUCGAUAAAUUUUCAUACAUAGAAGACCCAGAACGACAGGCGUAUGCAGCAAUGAUGGCCAAACUUGAUGAUUCAGUUGGAGAGGUUGUUUCCGCUCUUAAAAAUAAUAGCAUGCUUGCUAAUUCUGUAAUUAUCUUCAUAUCAGACAAUGGAGCACCGACAGUUGGCUUUUUGAGAAACAAAGGUUCAAACUUUCCUUUUAGAGGUUUAAAAGCAACGGCGUGGGAAGGAGCGCAUAGAAGUGUAGCAGCAAUUUGGAGCAGUCUUAUUAAGAAGAACCACAAGGUUUCAGAUCAACUUAUGCAUGUUGUCGAUUGGCUACCAACUAUAUGUUCUCUAGCAGGUGUUGAUAUAACAGAUUUGGGAACUAUUGAUGGUAUAGAUAUGUGGAAGGCCAUUUCUAAAGGGGGAAAAUCACCGAGGAAAGAACUUUUAUACAACAUCGAUGAUGUUGAGAGUGCUUAUGCAGCGUAUAGAUCAGGAGAUUGGAAAUAUUUGGUAGGAUAUCACACAAGAAAUUUCAUGUUUAAUGAUUGGUAUGGCAACUUCACCAAUAGCCAUGAUGUAAAGUACAAUCCUGUUUCUGUACUUAAUUCAAAAACUGGUCUUGCUAUUACAAAGUCAGCGGCUAAGAGGAAUGUAAAGAUGUUUAAAAAGAGAAGGAAUAAAAAAAAGUUUGGCAAAAAGAUAAAAAAAUUACUACUGAAUGUCAAAAUCAUAAACAGAAUGAGAAAAGAAGGGAUGGUACGAUGUAAUACAGAAGAGUAUGUCUCUUGUGAUCCUUCCGUCAAGCCCUGCUUAUUUAAUCUGAAGGAUGAUCCUUGUGAAAGAGUGAAUUUAGCUGAAGCAAAUCAAGACAUUGUCAAAGAGCUUGAAAAUUCAAUAAAAAGGUACAGGAGUACAAUGGUCAAUGCUCUAAAUUUAGGGGGAGAUUGUAGGGCAGAUCCCAAAUUUUGGAACAACACCUGGACCUUCUGGAUCAGUGAACUUAAUGAAAAUCCCAAAAAUAUAUCGUGUAAAUAUUUAAAAAUAUAAUGGCAAAAUAAAAUAGCUGGUUAUUGCAUUUAACGAA